CUCGGAGGAGAAUUUUUUUUCCCCACCAAGAUGGCGGCCGCAGGGCGCGUCGGCUCCUUCGGUUCCUCCCCGCCGGGCCUGGGCGCGGCUCACGAAGCGGCGGCGGGCCACGCCAGGGGGGACGACGACGACGACGGGCAGAACCUGUGGUCCUGCAUCCUCAGCGAGGUCUCCACGCGCUCGCGCUCCAAGCUGCCCGCGGGCAAGAACGUGCUGCUGCUGGGUGAAGAUGGAGCUGGGAAAACAAGCUUAAUAAGAAAGAUGCAGGGCAUCGAGGAGUACAAGAAAGGACGAGGAUUAGAGUAUUUAUACUUAAAUGUUCAUGAUGAGGACAGAGACGAUCAAACCAGAUGUAAUGUGUGGAUCCUAGAUGGAGACCUUUACCACAAAGGCCUCCUUAAAUUUUCACUGGAGGCCGUUUCACUGAAGGACACUCUAGUUACCCUGGUGGUGGACAUGUCGAAGCCUUGGACUGCUUUGGAUUCUUUACAGAAAUGGGCAAGUGUUAUUCGAGAACAUAUUGACAAACUGAAAAUUCCUCCCGAAGAAAUGAAAGAAAUGGAACAAAAGUUGAUUAGAGACUUCCAAGAAUAUGUAGAGCCAGGAGAAGAUUUCCCAGCUUCUCCCCAGAGAAGAAACACCAUGUCGCAAGAAGACAAAGACAGCAGUGUGGUCUUACCCCUGGGUGCGGACACUCUCACUCAUAACUUGGGCAUUCCAGUGCUAGUAGUUUGCACGAAGUGUGACGCAAUUAGUGUAUUGGAGAAAGAACAUGACUACAGAGAUGAACACUUUGAUUUUAUUCAGUCACACAUCCGGAAGUUCUGUUUACAGUAUGGUGCAGCACUUAUAUACACUUCGGUAAAAGAAAAUAAAAAUAUAGAUUUGGUAUAUAAAUACAUUGUUCAAAAACUAUAUGGAUUUCCCUAUAAGAUUCCUGCUGUUGUCGUGGAAAAAGAUGCUGUAUUUAUUCCUGCAGGGUGGGAUAAUGAUAAGAAAAUAGGCAUAUUACAUGAAAAUUUUCAAACAUUAAAAGCAGAAGAUAAUUUUGAAGACAUUAUAACCAAACCACCAGUUCGAAAGUUUGUGCACGAGAAGGAAAUUGUGGCAGAAGAUGACCAGGUGUUCCUUAUGAAGCUACAGUCCCUUUUGGCAAAGCAACCGCCCACUGCAGCUGGAAGACCUGUGGAUUCCUCCCCCAGGGUUCCCGGAGGCUCCCCUCGAACGCCAAACAGGUCUGUGUCGUCCAAUGUCGCCAGCGUGUCGCCCAUCCCUGCUGGGUCCAAAAAGAUUGAUCCAAACAUGAAAGCUGGAGCGACCAGUGAAGGUGUCCUGGCAAAUUUCUUCAAUAGUUUGCUGAGUAAAAAGACUGGCUCUCCUGGGAGUCCUGGUGUUGGCAGUGGGAGCCCUGCAGGGGGCGCUGGAGGUGGAGGCAGUGGUUUACCGCCUUCUGCCAAAAAGUCAGUAGGCCAGAAGCCUGUUGUAUCGGAUGUUCACGCGGAACUAGACAGAAUCGCACGAAAACCAGUUGCAGUCUCUCCUCCAACACCUACAUCUCCCACGGAAGGAGAAGCUUCUUGAAGAUACCAAAUAAAGCCAUUUAUUCAGUUUUCUGGGAUGAUAUAAAGUUGCCUCUGCUUUUUCCUUCAUAAGUGGAGUUAGGGACCUGGAGUGCUUUUUCAGAUGGACUAAAUUUGUGUCUCUUUGUGUGUGGUUGCCCAUUUUUAUAAACAGGAGCACUACAGAAGAAAAUGUAUACUGCUCUAUGCAGGGUUGCUCUUUGUAAUAAGGAAGUAAUUUUGGAUUUUUGAAAGACUCAAAACCUUCUAGAUUGGAAAUACAGUCAUGGAUCGUAUUCCAAAGGCAAUUUAAAACUUAGGAGGGCUUAAGGAAGGGCAGGAAAUACGUUUUGGGCAUUUGACUGACUUGGAAGUCCAAGCUUAUAUUAGUUAAGGCUGUUAAAAUCAUAUUUUAAAUUAUGUUAGUUUUGCUGGGGAAGAAAAAGAUCAAUGUCAGAUUUUCUGAACCUUAUAUAAAUAUAACCACCACACAUGGAAAAUACUGAGAAAACUCAGAUAGCAUUUGCUUCAUAGUUGUCUCAAUCUACAAUCCUGUAAAUUGUCCUCAAAAUAUGAUUUAUAAAUUUUGACCAAGAUUCAUUUCUUUAAGAAGGGAGGAAAGCACACCGCCUAUAAAUGUGUAAAAGAAAAAUGCAGAGGUUAUUAAAAUGUAAAAAGAUAAUGAUCUUCGGAUUUGUCUAUAUAUAUAUAUAUAUAUAUAUACCUACUAUAUAUAUAUGGCUCUGCCUUAAUAUAUCCCUUUUUGUUUGUGACUUUCAGCUGUAUUCAGUCAAUAAAGUAUUUAUUCUCUGCAUUCAGGUACAAAUAACAUUGCAUUCUCAUAUCUAAAUUUGUAUUUUAUUAGUAUUUUUGAAGUGUUUGACUUAAUUUAAUUAAAGACACAAA